AUGGAGCCUUUGAUGGGCGGGCCCACUUCUCCCUUCCGCCUGGGAAAUACCCCUGCUGCUUCGGCGCACCCGCUGGAGACUCAGCAGCAGCCGCGGGAGUUGAGUGAUUUUUCCUUUUACAAGACUGUGAGCACGGCGGACAAAGCCCUGCAUAGCACCUAUAAGAGAGGGAAGCGAAGCGCUGAGGCCACGAAGCUCAAGUUUCUUUCUUUUUCUGAAUUCCCCGGGCCUCUAUCUGCUAAGGCGCUGAGUAGCCCCCAGCGGUCUCUGCUGAUAGACAUUUGGGGUCAUCUGUUCAGGCGCUGCUUUGAUGACUCUGUGAAAAUAACAGCAGAAAAUGUGAAUGACGAAGUCCCCAGACUUUUCAAAGAAAUCGGCUACCCCUUUCCUAUAAGCAAGAGCGCGAUGCUGGCCCCCGGCACCGGGCACCAAUGGCCCCACCACCUGGCGGCGCUGAGUUGGCUGUGUGAACUGCUUAUCUAUGAAAACGAAUUCUUCUAUCAAGAAGAAGAAGCAGCAGAGAUGCAGUGUCUAGGGUCUAGGCGUGAACUGCUUAUCUAUGAAAACGAAUUCUUCUAUCAAGAAGAAGAAGCAGCAGAGAUGCAGGCUGCUCGAGGAGAUAUCGUAGGCCGCAUGUUCGCGGCUGCUUACCCGCAACUAGGAAAGGACCCUCAAGCCCUGAGGGCUGCUGUAUUGGGACAGUUGCAUGGGAUGAACAGGGAAGCCGAAGCAACUCAGCAGCAACUGCAGCAGCAGCUGCAGCAGCGGCAGCAGCAGCUUGCUGCAGUAGAAGCAGAGCUCCGCGAUAACGCCUCCCUCAUGGUAUCGAUGUUGGGACAGUUGCAUGGGAUGAACAGGGAAGCCGAAGCAACUCAGCAGCAACUGCAGCAGCAGCUGCAGCAGCGGCAGCAGCAGCUUGCUGCAGUAGAAGCAGAGCUCCGCGAUAACGCCUCCCUCAUGGAUUCUAUAGAACAACUGAAAAAGGAUAUAAGCUCUCUGCGUUGCCGCAUCGCAGACACCCGGGCGGAGAUAUCUCAGCAGGAUUCUAUAGAACAACUGAAAAAGGAUAUAAGCUCUCUGCGUUGCCGCAUCGCAGACACCCGGGCGGAGAUAUCUCAGCAGGAAAGCCUUGCUGCAGCAACAGAAGCAGAGCGUGACUCGCUGCUGCUGCAGCAGAAGGCAGUGGCAGAGGAAGUACAAAAGCUAGGAGAACGCAUCAAGGCUCAGGGGAUUGACAAGGCGGAGGUGGAGAGGAUUCGCCACGAUGUAUCCCGUCUUCGUGAUGGUCUUUCUCAUCGCUCUAAGGAGAUCGAGUCUUUGAGUGAGGGGCUGCAGGCACUCAUCGAUAAGGAGAUCGAGUCUUUGAGUGAGGGGCUGCAGGCACUCAUCGAUAAGGUGAACGAGUGCCUCAGCAGCAUGUCGCAGCUGGCUGUCUCUGCGAAGCUGCCGACAGCUGAGGACUGGAGUGCGCUGCCUAAGAUGGAGACGGCAAAUGCUGCUGCUGCUGCUGCUGCUGCUGCUCCUGCUUCUGCUGCUGCAUGCAACAUCAAGACGGCAACGAAUGAAAUCGUGAGUUUGUUUGCUCCCUAA